UUAUUCUGAAAAUAUCGUACAGCGCAAAGCGGAAGUCUUUUAGUUAAUGCAGAAACAAGCUCUUUUCUGAUUGGGCGAUCAAUCUAACCAAUGAACGAGAAGCAGCGCGGAGAUAUAAUGGCGAUUUUCUCGCUUUCAGUUUUACUUUUUCAGACUCUCUCCAAUAAUACACACGGAAAAUGUCUGGUCGCGGGAAAGGUGCCGGUAAGGCCAGGGCUAAGGCUAAGACCCGUUCAUCUCGUGCCGGGCUCCAGUUCCCCGUCGGCCGUGUUCACAGGCUGCUGAGGAAGGGUAACUAUGCCCAGCGUGUCGGCGCCGGAGCCCCCGUCUACCUGGCGGCGGUGCUGGAGUACCUGACCGCUGAGAUCCUGGAGCUGGCCGGCAACGCCGCCCGCGACAACAAGAAGACCAGGAUCAUCCCCCGGCACCUGCAGCUCGCCGUCCGCAACGACGAGGAGCUCAACAAGCUGCUGGGCGGAGUCACCAUCGCUCAGGGCGGCGUGCUGCCCAACAUCCAGGCGGUGUUGCUGCCCAAGAAGACCGAGAAGCCCGCCAAGAAGUAAAACCUCCCUGACUGCUGGAAACCAGCCCCCCAAAAGGCUCUUUUAAGAGCCGCUCACUCACCUCUGAAAGAGCAGAGCUCCUCAUGUGUCUCUAAUGCAUCCAUGAAAUAUAUAAUACAAUAAAUCAAACAUGCAUAUGUA